GAGCACAGCAGGGCGGACCUGAACGGUGUUUACGGAGCACAGAGUAAACUGUCAGGUGGCAUUAUGCAGCAUUAUGCAGUGUAGCGAGAUUCCGGUGCUUUAAAUACGAAUAUGCCAGGCUGAUCACAGAACAGCCAGACCGAUGUCCAAGAUUUGGGUGUGAACAACUUGGGACACAAUGUCUCUCGUGCUGUUAUCCGUCCUUCUCAUUUUUCUGCUGGGGAUUGUUUUGUUAUGUAUCAUUUUCAGAUGGAUCAUCUGCACCCUGGCCGUGCGAAUCUUUCAGACAGCAUUGAAUGCUGAUCUGAAGAUCAAAUCAGUAGGGCUGUUUUCUGUUCAAGGGAUUAGUAUCCAGUUUCACCCCCAGCACACUCUGGAAAUUGACAGAAUAUGGAUUUCAAGUAAACUUCUAAACCAAGAUUUACCGAGAUACCUGGCAUUGUGUGUUGGUGACAGUCGGAUUAGAUUUGACUUGCAAGCACCUCUGGGACCUCUUGUAAAAGCGAGCCAUGGAAAGAAGUCAAACAACAAGACUUCAAUCAGCCCUAAAACACUACGCUUUUUAUCACAACUGCUGUCAUUCCAUGUCAGCUCAAUUAAUGUGAUGGUGUUAAACUUGGCACUGUCUGAGUCUCUAUGGCACAUGACUGUCACAGGUAUCACCUUGUUACUUGACCAUCAGAGUAAAAGGUUGGCUUGGAACUUCUCAGUGGGACAGCUAAGCAGCAAAGUGCUCAAAAGCAGCCAGUUGGACACUUGUUUGGCUGAAGUGGCUUUGAGCCUGCUGCUGUCCGGGGAUGUGAGUCUACCAGAGAUGAAGCCCAAUUGUCUCUCUCUGAAUGUGAGGACGCUUAUAGCAGAGCUGCAUGAGGGGCUUUUCCUCAGCCAAUUCCUGCUGCCCCCCGUUUCCCUCAAAAAGGAAGAUCAUCAUGUAUCUGAGUGUGAGAACAGUGAAUUCAUCCAGACUGAAGUCAUUGAACAGUUUCAUCAGUUCCUUCCCCACAAAGUCGAUGUGGAAUUUGAUAAUACAAACGUAACCCUGUCCAUGCACAGCCAGAAACGACACUUGAACUGGACACUGAAAUCCUUAAAGAUCUGUUAUGGACGUGAUAGUGAGCAGCUUCCUCUGAAGAGCUUCACUCCUGAGCUGAGCUUCCCCCAGAGCAGCCUGGAGCUGCUUCUUGAGGAUGGACUUCUUCUUUCUCAAAGUAGACAGAGAAUCCUCUGUGUGAACACCCUCAAGACAAUCCUGCAGGUUACAUUACUUGAUAUCUCAGGGUCAUUCAUUGUCAACACCUGCAUCAUCCACUACCGCCACCAGGAGUUCUUCCAUUGGUUAAACCUGGUGCCAUGGGAACAGCUAAUCCACAGAAAGAAAAUGCACCAGAAAAGUCCAUUCGAUUAUUUGCCCGCCCUCGUUUUCCUCAGGCGCCUCCCUCACCUGGAUGCUCCUGUGAUGAUCACCUCUUCUGUGUCCAACGUCAAUGUAUCUGUUCAGCUAGGAGACACCACGCCUUUUGCUUUAGGCUUCAUCUCUGCUAAUGCAGAGCUGCAGCAUCUUCUUGACCUCAAAGUUGACAAAGAGAACUCAGAGUCCCAGAAUCUGCACCAGCGGGCUUCACUGUCCCUGGACAACUUCUGGUGGAGAGUGGGUCAAGGGUCUCAUAUUCAACAGGCUCCCCACCCACCUGGUAAACAUGUUUGGGGUGAAGCACUCGUUCUUGACUCCCUCAGUCUUCAGGGGAGCUAUAACCGACCUCAUGCUGAGUCGAGCAGCCAGUCCCCGAGUCUUAGCCUGGAGUCCAGUCUGAAGGGCCUGCAAGUGGAGCUUUCAGAGACCUGUGCUCUGUGUCUGUCCCGUCUGCUGUCACUCAUGAGUGUUACUAGUGACACAAAGCCACAGCUGCUGGAUGCAGAGACGUUGUCUCCCUCUAGUGAAAAAACUGUCCAGCCAGUCACCUCCUCACAUCUGCACCUGCUCUUUAAGCUGGACUGCUGCCUGGAAGAUGUUAAUGUGUUCUCACUUUCCAGUGUGGCAGGAGCGGUGUCUUUGCGGAUGGACACUGUCGGAGUCCUAAGUUCUGCUGAGAGCUCCAGGGUGUCUCUAGGGGGUGUGAGCUUGUCCAUAGUUAAGACUAUCAUGGAAAAUAUGGAAACAUGUUGCCCCGCAUCCCAGACUCCCAAUCCUAUAAUCAAACUCACCACAAUAACAGUCUGGUAUCAUGUCACCACCCACACUUUACAGGUUCAGUGUGAAGAGGAUCUCACAGUUGAGUGGACACCACCAGACCACAUGGUCUUAUAUCAGCACAUGACCGAAGCACAGGCUUGUUGGUGUAUGCUUUGUGGAGAGUCAGAAGAAAAGAAACCAGUCCCACCUCUGGAGAGUGAGGCUGUGUCCGGACAGAGUAAAAGCUUGUCUGUUCGUGUUGAAAUGGGUUCAACUCGAUUAACAGCCCACGUUAGUGAACAAAAUUACAUUCUGCUGCACACUGAUGCCCUCACAGUCUCAAAGCACAUUGGCUCCAUGCACAUACGCUCCCCUUUGCUUAUCUUCAACUUCGAUGGCAACAACGUUGUCUCCUUUAAUGGACUAGAUGUGGAAAUGCAUGAUGAGUUGACUGAGAUGCAGCUGCACAGAGACACGUUCCCCUUCCUCACCACUCCUCAUAACCGUGUCUGGGUCCUUGCUUGCCCAUCUGUGGCAGUUGAUUUUCCCUAUCAGUACAAUUUCUCAAACACUUUUGACAUGGUUGUUAGCGUGCAGAGGUGGUUGAAGACUCUCCACUCUUCCUGCCAGGUCGCCACAGUCCAACAGUUGCCUCCUGACCUUGUUUUCAAAAUUAGCCAGUUCUCGUUUGUCUUCCUGGAUGAUGUAUUUGAAAUCAAGCUAAGAGAUAACUAUGAGCUGAUGAAGGAUGAGAGCAAAGAAAGUGCAAAGCGUCUUCAGCUACUGGAUAAGAAGGUGGCAGAUCUGCGGAAGCAGCAUGGAGAACUUUUGCCUGCCAGAAAGAUAGAAGAGCUUUACAGCUCAUUGGAGAAAAAGCAUAUUGAGAUCUACAUCCAGCGUUCACGGCGCCUCUAUACAAACACGCCGAUGAGGAAGUCUCUGCUAACCUGGACUGUGUCAGAUUUGGAGCUAGUGGUCCUGGCUGAUCAAUCUCUUCAUGGACCAGAGAGGGUGAGAGAGCAGCUGAGAGAUAUUGAUGGAGUCAGUCCCUUCCCCAGAGAUGGACUCCCACUGGUAGUUCAGUGGUGCCGUGCUGUCAAGUUUAAACUCUCUGCAUUUCUGGUGAGAAUUCGGGAUUACCCUCGCUACCUCUUUGAGAUCCGAGACUGGGAUUUAUCUGGUCGUCUGAUUGGGACAGAGCAGGAUGGUCAGUCAAGAGCUCAUCGCAAAGUGACUGUCCCACUUGGUCCACCAUGGGGAGAUGUGACAGUCCACAGAAAUAUGCCCCCUCUCAAGUUCUACUAUGAUUUUAAAUCCAACAUCUCUCUGUACACCAUUGUGUGGGGGCCUUGUUGGGACCCUGCCUGGACUCUGAUUGGCCAGUCGGUCGACCUGCUGACCAAACCCACAGUUGACCCCUCACCUCCUCUGGCCUGGUGGGACAAAAGCCGUCUUCUUCUGCAUGGACGCUGGGUCAUGAACAUUGAACAUGCAAAUCUUCAUCAGCUAGCUACAGAGGACCCUUAUAACACUACAGAAAACUUGCACUGGGAGUGGAUCAAGCUGAACUUUGACUGGAACCCUGGGCAGUUUAUUUUUACAGGGGAUUUGGAUGUAAAUGUCAGAACAGCAUCAAAGUAUGAUGAUAUCCGUUUCCUACACCUUCCCAACCUGUUUAUGACUCUUGACCUCCAGUGGCUUUGCCAUGGCAACCCUCAUGAUCACCACGCUGUGAUGCUCUGCUGUGCAGAGAACAUUGGAGACGUGACUUCAGGACAGCCUCAUGACUCCUACAGAGCCUUUCGCUCCGAGAACCUCAACCUUUCCAUCACCAUGGACCUUAACCAGCAUUGUGGCCCUGAACCUUCCCAGCCUAGAAUCCUGCUGUACAGCAGUACUUUACGCUGGAUGCAAAACUUCUGGGCCACCUGGACAAGUGUAUCGCGACCAAUCUGCAGAGGCAAGCUCUUCCACAGCCUCAGGCCAGUCCGCAAAAAACUUAGUCAGCACUACAAACAGAUGUCCUACACAGCUGCUUUCCCACAACUACAAGUACAUUACUGGGCGUCCUUUGCUCAGCAGAAAGGAAUCCAAGUGGAGUGCAACAAAGGCCAUGUCUUUACUCGUGGGACACAGAGACUUAUUCCACAGGCUGGCACUGUGAUGAGGAGGCUGAUCUCUGAAUGGAAUGUGACUCAGAUGGUUAGUGAACUCUCCCAUGUGACCGUUCACCUGAUGGCUUCCACCUGGGAUGAGACAGCCGACCACCAGAUGAAUGCCCAGGUGAAGAAGACUCAUCUGCUCAGUCUGUCCUCCCUCAGCUACCAGCGACAGAGCAACCGUAUGGAAGAGGAGGUGAACCCAAAGGAUGAAACGAAUGCACCUUACACUCACAAACUACGUCUGGUGGACUUGCGUGCUUCCUGGACCACCACAAACAGAAACAUAGCCUUUGGGCUUUAUGACGGGUAUAAAAAGGCAUCUGUGCUAAAGAGAAAUCUCUCCACUGAAGCUUUGAAGGGUUUGAAAAUUGACACACAGCUGCAGACCAAGAAGCUCAAACGCUCACCUUCCAACUACUCUCCUAUGACUGCACCUACCACACCAGUUGUACCCACGCUCAGUCGUGCAGAAAAAAGUCAAAAUGAAGGGACAUCAAUGCUUCAGAAGCUAAUUGAGGAAACGGACAAGUUUGUGGUGUUUUCAGAGGAGGACUCGGGUGUCAGCGACCAGCUAUGCGGCAUCGCAGCCUGUCAGACUGAUGAUGUAUAUAACCGCAACUGGUUCAUUGAGUUGGUCAACUGUCAGAUGAUGCUGCGUGGUACAGAAACGGCAGGAUGUGUGUUAGUGUCUGCAGCAAAGGCUCAGCUGCUGCAGUGUGAACACCACCCUGCCUGGUACAGCGACACACUGAAGCAGAAGACCACCUGGACGUGUCUGCUGGAUGGUAUGCAGUACUUUGCCACCAUGGAGCUCAACCCUUCGGAGCAAGAGGACAGGCAGCUGUGGCUAGAGGUAAAAAACAUAGAGGAGCACAGGCAGCGUAAUCUGGACUCAGUGUUGGAGCUGAUGGAGAGUGGCCAGGCAGUAGGAGGAAUGGUUAGCACCACUACAGACUGGAACCAGCCUGCACAAGUGAAUGAAUCUCAGCAAGUUCAGCGUAUUAUCUCGCGCUGCAGCUGCCGGAUGCACUACAUCAGUUACAGUCAUGACAUCAACCCUGAGCUGGCCACACAGAUCAAACCACCAGAACUGAGAAACAACCAUGAAAAGGAGGACCUGCUGAAAAAACAGGCAGGGGCUGUGGACACCUUCACUCUCAUUCACCAUGACCUUGAGAUAUCCACGAACCCCGUUCAGUAUGCCAUGAUACUGGACAUUGUCAACAACCUGUUGUUACACGUGGAGCCCAGACGCAAGGAGCACAGUGAGAAAAAGCAGCGUGUGCGGUUUCAGUUGGAAAUUUCUAGCAACCCAGAGGAGCAGCGUAGCAGCAUCUUACAUCUGCAGGAGGCAGUCAGGCAGCACCUCGUUCAGAUUAGACGCCUUGAGAAGCAGAUUUACUCCAAUAUCAGGGCUCAAACUGAAGAAGUAAGCGGAGACGAGCUGUUAGAGGUAAACUUCCGAUUGCAGAACCAGCUGAACCAGGAGAAGACCGACAUGCAGAUGAAGAGUGAAGAACUCAAUAUUCUCAUUAGGUGUUUCAAAGACUUCCAGCUGCAACGGGCAAACAAGCUGGAGCUGCGUAAGCCUCCAGAGGAUGUAAGUGUGGCGAGGAGGACUGAGAUCUACUUUGCCCAGGCCCGCUGGUGUUUGACUGAAGAAGAUGGACAGCUUGGCAUUGCUGAGCUGGAGCUGCAGCGAUUCAUGUACAGUAAGCUGAACAAGUCUGAUGACACAGCGGAGCAUCUCUUGGAACUUGGGUGGUUCACAAUGAACAACCUGCUGCCAAAUGCAGCUUACAAGCGUGUGAGGGUUGUGCUUCGACCCCAGAGUAAUUGUCAGUUGGGACGCCAGUUUGCUUUGCGUAUCUUCAGCAAAGUGCGCCCCCCUGUGGGAGGAAUCUCUGUGAAGGAACACUUUGAGGUGAACGUGGUGCCUCUCACUAUCCAGCUCAUGUACCAGUUCUUCAAACGAAUGAUGGGAUUUUUCUUCCCAGGAAGGAAUGUUGAAGAGGAGGAGGUCACUGAUGAGGAAGACAAGUUUAGAUUGGUCACCACUGGUAUCACUGUCAAGCCCCGGCAAUUGUCAGAGGACACCAUGGGUGCUAUGGGCCCCAGCAAAAGUGUCACCCAGGGACUGAACCGCAGUGCCGGCGUCAGGAGGUCAUUUAGGAAACCUCCAGAGCAUCCAGUUGAUGAUAUUGACAAGAUGAAGGAGCGAGCUGCUAUGAACAACUCCUUCAUCUACAUCAAGAUACCACAAGUGCCUCUGUGUGUCAGCUACAAGGGAGAAAAGAGCAGUGUGGACUGGAAAGACCUGAACCUGGUUCUGCCUUGUUUGGAGUACCAUAACAAUACAUGGACGUGGCUCGACUUUGCCAUGGCUGUAAAAAGGGACAGCAGAAAAGCACUUGUAGCGCAGAUGAUAAAGGAGAAGCUGCGUCUGAAGCCAGCUUCAGUCUCAGACCUGCGAGGAAAAGCAUCUGAAGGGAAGUCAGACAACAGCCUUCAGCAACAGGAGGAAGAUGAAAAGGCCCGACUCCUCAUCGGCCUCAGCUCUGCAGACAAGAGCUCCAGCAAGAAGAGCAUCUUCAGUCGACGCAAGUGACAACAAUAAACAUGAAGCCAGAACUUGGCUGAAUGAGCCUCUGCAGCAGCCGCGUGUUUAGAGUCAGAAUAUCACUCCAACAUUGUGAAUCAGAUUGUAAAUGAGGGAAGCAUUUCAAGUCAUUUAGGGGAUACCUUAAUGUACCACAUGAGCCUGUUUAACUUGUUUUUGAAAAGUUACUCCUGUUGUGUCCCUGAUUAGUUUCCAAGCAUCUCCAAGAUGACCAGAGUGCCAUUAUGACCAAAUAUAUAUAUAUAUUUUUUUUUUGUUUAUUUCUGUGCCUGUAAACUGUCACUCUGCAUUUCAUAGACUCUGGAAAUAAUGACCACUGUGGUUGCAUUGAAUGUAGCGAGGAAGAUUAACAGUGUACAGCUAGCACUUCACUGUUCAUGUUUCUUCUGCCGAUGCACGAAUGAGAACAUUUCUUCCUGCUGGCUCAGGAACACACUGCUAGAAUAAACUAAAUAAAUUAGAUUAAACUAGAGAAAAGAAGAAUAGAUGAGAAUAUGUUUUAUCAUUUCAGGAAGUUGAUCAUGGCUGCAUGACUGUCGCUCUGACAGGAUGGCCUUUUGCUGCAACAGAUUUUAUAUUUGCUUUAUUCCUCAGCAUGUUCUUUUACUGUACCUCACCUCAGUGCAAUUUAAAGAAGAGCAGCAAAAGAAGAAAACAAUGUUGGUGUGUUGUGAAAUGUGACAGUUGGUAUCAUGGGGGGAAAAAUAGUUGCAGGUAAUGGCAGGAUGUGUGUUUUGUAAUUUUAACACUACAGCACUUUUUAUGCAAAGUAUUUUGAUAUUUUUGUAACCACAGAUGUUUUCUGUUGGACUACUUGUAUAACUGCUUUUUUGUCAUCUCACUCAGUUAACGUUUCAUUUGGGGUCACGUGGCAGCAGCUGUUAUCACAUUUCUAUCAGCUCUGUGGCUUUUUGUUUAUCAGUCAAUAAAAGUGUUAAAGCUU